UCAGGAGACUAGGGUUUUGUUGGAGGCUAUUCUUAUAUACACACACGGACGGGGUCCUCACCAAUCACCACCAGAACAAGCCUCCGCCGCAACGGAACACAUCCCCGAAUCCUGUUGGAGAGAAAGAGAUCGAGAUCGAUGUCGGCCAUAGAUCAGGACGGUGACAUUGUGCCGCCGCCGCCGCCGCCGCCGCCGCCGCCGGGGAAGGCCGCGGAGACUCGGAUCGUGAAGAUGGACGGGCGGCACAAGUACGUCCAGUGGUUGCUGGCGGUGUGGGAUAAACAGCCUGGCCGUCCGUUGCCGGACCUCCCCGAUGACUACCUGGGUGACAUGCACGACGACAGCGAGCCCACCAGGCCCUCCCCGGAUCACGCCCUACACCGCAACCUGGUCCUCGGCUCCUCCUGUGGGUGGCUCGCCACCGCCGACGACCGCGGCAAGAUCGACCUCGUUAACCCGGCCACGGGCGAGCAUCAUGCGCUCCCGCACAUCGCCACAACGGGCGUCUUCGUUCCCUCAACCGGCGACCGCUUCUUCUGUGUCCAGCUCGACCGCUUCCUGACUGCCCGUUACGGCCACGGGCCGCCGUUCAAGGACAGCCCCUGGGGGCCGCACGGGUUGGCGACGUUCACGCUCAGAGCCAAAGAGAUGCGCGCCUACUUCUACCAGAAGGUGGUCCUCUCAACGUCCCCGUGUCCCGGCAGCUACGCCGCCAUGCUGAUCCUGCAUCGAGAUUUCGGCGCCCCCGCCUUCGUCACGGCGGAGGAACCUGCCUGGAGGCUGGCGCCGUCGCGUGACGGCGUCGAGGACGCUAUCCACCAAGACGGCAAGUUCUACUCCAUAUCCUACUCGGGCGACGUCGAGUCAUGGGAACGUGACGCCGAGUCCGGUGCGUUCACGAGCACCACUGCCGCGCCAAGGCUGGUCAUCCAAGACAAAGCACAAGCCAGCUCAUCGUCAUGCCGCAAGUAUCUGGCAGCGGCGCCUGGAGGGGAGCUGAUGGUGGUGCUCAAGUACCCAGAGAGGUGUGCGUGCUAUGUCCUCGAGGAUGACGGGCAGUGGAAGGAGACUAGGGACAUCUCCGACAUCCCGCAGUUUGUUGGGGUAAACAAUUGAACAUAUAAACCUUGCUAGGCAACCCGCCAUUCCGAGGCAUCCCCGUGCGCUAAGCUGGUUGGACCGCACGAUCUUUUACCGUCGCUUCUCUUUUGGCUGCUGGCAGCCGGUUAGCCGCUUGUUUUACUUCACAUUUUGUGCAGGUUCUAAUGUAGAUGACAGGUGGGUCAUGCUGGUGUGGGGCCAUGAAAAUUACAUGGGGUUUCUCUGAUUCUUCGUACGCAAAGCGUGCUACGCGCGGGGUGAACGGUGAAAACCUAGCCACGGCUUCCCUUCUCUCUCUCUCCUCACUUCAUUCCCCCCGCAGCCGCCGCCGUUGUCUCAUCCCCCACCCCCACCCACCUCCAGCGCCGCCACCGCCGCUAGCGCCUCUUCCUCUCUUCCCCACUAGACAAUGCCUCUUAACGUUCUUGGUCCGGCGUUCCCCGCGCGGUGUUUCGGACGAGGCACAGGUCGCUGCCAUGGGAGAGCAGGGGCGGCGUGGUUUUUGUGAUGGGUGUGAAGGAGUAGGGGAGGACGAGGAGGACGAACAGGGGGGAGGCGCAACGAGGCCGGAGCUCGAGCAGCGCUCGCCUCGCGCUGGAGUGGAGCCAGCCGUUCGCUGCUCGUCGAUCCUCGUCCUUCAUCCCCAAUCUAGGCUGCAGUGCUGCACUUUGCCCUCGCCAUCUUCUUCCCCCAAUUUUUGCCUCUUGAUUUUAUUGGUUUCUUGAUUAUUGGAUUUUGAUUUCUUGAUUUAGGUUUUUUUCCUGAAUGAUAUGUGUGCAGAUCGGGCGAGGAAGAGAAGAGGAAGGAUCUCGAGGAAGAAUUAAGAACAAAACGAGGUGAUCUCACUCUGAUUUGCCUAGAGAUGCAGAUCAAGGAGGUCGGCAGAUGGGAUGAGGUUGGGUGAGGUGCACGAGGACAAAGGUGCAGGUCCGUGGAGCCCCUACAGCCCUACUGGCCCUGAUCCCAAAUCCCAUGGACCGGCCCUGACCUCCUGGUCGUCGAAUGAACAAGUCUGCUUGCUAAAAAAAAUAAGUUUUCUUAAUCAGUAUAUAUGGCAUCUCUGCACAUGUCCUUUCUUCGUGGAUAGGCCACAAGCUUUGUUAGUUGUAUGAUGGAGAUGGAAUUUCAGGUUGAUAGUUUCAACAAUAGUUAUCUAUAUUAGUUAUUGUCAGUCUGACAGACUUUUGUCACCUUCUAUCAUGUUUACAUGUAAGUAAGUUGAACAGGCUAUGCAAACUACUGCAUAAAAAAGUGCACGUAGCACAACCUAUAGAGAGGUCCAGAAUUGAUUUUGUGUGAUGCAACCAGGAACGACAAAGGCUUACUAUGUUCCAUUAAAGCAGAUAAGAAAAUAAUUUAGUUCGGAUGAAUUGAUUAAUUAUAAAAAGUUGAUAGUCCAUUGCGUGGAUCUUUGAGUUUGGUGUUGCUUUUCUUCUUCAAAUUCACGGAUCUAGCUUCAAUCAAAAAACCGAGAGCAACCUUCAUUAACUUGAAGACUCCCUUUUUCGGAUCUGGAGUAUAGCAAUAGGUCAUCAGUUGUGGUGUCAAAUACAAGAUUAGGCUAUUUAAAGCUUGCCAUGUAGUAGACCUACAAGGAGAACAAAAAAUAUAACUUAUGUUGGUUAGAACAGAUGCUCAGCUUGCCUUGUUUUUUGCCUCUUUUUGGUCCUGUUAAGAAGAGAUGCUAAAUGCUGGUUCCUGACCACGUCCCUUGUUGGGCGCCCUCGAUAUCUCAACCUUGUGGCGAUAUGGUCAUUUAUUUUGAGUAAUUGUUUUAUAGAGAUGUAUGGUUACCUGAAUAGGCUUACAUAUAUAGUCCAGUAAGAAAACUAUAUAAAUUCCUGAGAACACUAACUGCUAGCUUAUACACUUGCUUGCCGAGUUAACAUGUUAAUAUGCCUGUUUCUCUCGUUUCCAGCGCACCACCAUGCAUGUUCAGUUUGAUGCUUUGGGUCGAAUGUGUGUAGCGAGAAUAAAGGUAGUAGAUGCAGACUGUAAAGAUAGUAUAUACAUUCAUACGUGAUAAGCGAUUAGGUAGUAGUUGCUGCUUACUCACAAGGGAUGGAUUGGUGGGAAGAAGUUUACAAAGGCCUACUGGAACUGUUUAUGGAAGUCGUUGUCUGGCCAUACUGAACAUACUUUCUGCAACUAAACUGAUCAGGUUGGCUUGUCUUUGGAAAUCUUUGCCUAAUGUGUUCUUCAUUGGCCUGCUUUUAUAUUAGCAGUUUUGUUCUUUUGUCUCUUCUGUGAUAGUUUUAGGCGAGAACAGAGUGUUUAGAAUUGUGAUAUAGUCUACAGACUUUUCGUAAUUCUUAAAAUAUGCCGGUAGUGGUGUGUGCACAAAUAUAUGUGCCUGGAUUUGUUUGAUACGCCUACUGUAUUUCAGGCGUGUUACUCUUUCUUGGAUAAAUUGACUGAUGCUUGCUUCUUUUAAUAAAAGAUCCUAGAUUAGGAUCUACUGUGCUGUGCUGAAUGCAAUUGUCUUAAUCUAGACAGCAGCCGAGCCCAGUCAACAAUUCCUUAGACGAGGCAGAGGAGAGCAGAGAGGGCCAGCCGUUGUAUUUACAAUUCAUGCAAGUAGCUGCUGAUUCCAUUCAUAUUUACUGCUUCCUCCUAUUUAUUGGCUGCGUUCAUUUGUGUGCUCUGGUUGUUUAUUGUUGUUGUGCUCAUUUCCUCUGUUCAUUGUUGUUGUGCGCAUUCUCCACUUCUAUGUCAUGAAAAUAUUCUUGCUUAAUAAUUUAAAAUGGUUUCCUGUGUCUCUUGUGGUCUAUUCCCAGUCCUAUCAUCCCAUCAUUCUUCCUCUUUACUGGUUGGCUUGGUUUUCCUUGCGCCUGUGCAGAUUUGCUUGAGGGUUUGUUCUGUUGUGUUCCCUGAAUCCUCGUAACUGCUGUGCUUUCUGCCAUGUUUUUCUUCUUCGUUUUCAUGUGGAAGUAUUUGAUAUCCUGGGGAUGGAUGAUUUAUUCAAAGAAUGUCCCGGGAUCUGUGAAUCUCGGAAUAGAAUCAACAUGAAUGUUGAGACAUGUUUUUUCCUGAAGGUAAUACUUUUCCCUGUUACCAAGCAUUUUCCUCAUGUUUGCUUCUAAAAUGUAACUGGCAAGGCUUAUAUGAUUUGUGGGUGUAUGAUCUGGACUGUGCUUCUCUGAAAGUAUGCUCUUGGGAGAUUUUUGCUUGGUAAACAAAUGACAUGCUAAAAUGUUGGUUGUUCCCUGUUCUUCUAAAAAAAAGUUUGGUAUUGAUUCAUGAUUUGUGCUUAAUACAUGAUGUUGGUAUAUGAUCACUUUAUUGCUCAUGCCUCACUUGAUGUUGAAUGGUGUACAGGCAAAGUGCCAAUGGAGUGGCAUAUAUUGUACUUCGCUACUACCUACAUGCGAUUCCAUUUGAUUUCACUUUGAUUUUGUUUUUCUGCUGAUCGUUUAUAGGUGGUUGUUGAUGAAUCAUGUAAGGAUGGUGCAGAACUCACAAGAGGGAAAUGACCGAACUGCGGUAACCAAAUCAAAUAGCUGAUAAGGUUCACUUGGAAGUGGUUGAGGUAGCCUGACCUGGUGAGGAUCCAACUAACGAACUGACAUGGUGACGCGAUGCGUACAUCGGAGGAAGUAGAUCUUGUGCGUGCGGGAGUGGAUCUUGCAAUUGAAGUCGUCUCUCCGACGCAGAGGAGCAGCGGCGAAGUGGCGGAAACUACAGGGUGAGUGAGAGAUUGGAGAAGGAGGGGAUGGUCAUGAAGUGAGUAAGUGGAUUAACAUCGUUUGGUCAGGUAACUUGGGCCGGCCCAUUAUUGUGAAUUUGUCAUUUGUCUUCUUGUAAGCCCACAACACGGUUUAAAUAUGUAUUGGGAGUUUGGGACAACUAAAUCAGAUAAAUGAAAGAAAUUAUAACGCUUCUAACGGUUUAUAAAAUGAAGUAACAAAGUGCAUAUCCAAGUUUAGUAAAUUUUAGAAUGUGCUUGUUUGUUGUUAUUCAUUGUUAGGCUUGGCAUUUGAAUUUUUGUUAGAUCUGAAGUGCCUUUGAUAGCAUGGAAUAUUUGUACAACGCACUGUGGAGGCAUGGUCUUUAUCAGGAUGACUAACAAGGAUGAUCGGCAAGUGUUUGUUUGCCAAAGUUAUGGUGGUUUAAAAAAAGUCGUUGGUGCAUUGCUGUGGAUCUCAAGAUGGCCAUGUGUUUAUAUUUUGCAUAAUCACUCUGAAGGCCAUGCUUAAUAUUUUCUCUGAAUUUUGCUCUUGAAAAAUCAUGUAUUUAUGUUAGAUCCGGUGAGAAAAGACGGCUUCCAAGCAAAGGAUGCGGGGGUGUUGGCCACAUUUGGUUUUUGACUUGGUGUCUAAAUAUUCUCACAAUACUUGGCUCCCUCUCGCCCCUUGC